AUGGCAGGAUACUAUGCUUCUGACCCGAAAUGCUCUCAAUAUGGAAAACCUCGGCUUUUUGCUAUUGCCGAGGAAGAUAAUGAUAGAUUGGAUAAUGAGUCUACCACAACACCUGAACUGGAAGAGCCUACAGUGCCCGAUGAACAAAGUUCAGAAGGAGAUUAUAUCCUUGAACCAUUUGAAGACUAUGGUGGAUAUAUUAAUGAUGAAUCCUAUGAUGAUUGGAUGGGAAAUAUAGAGCAGAGAGAUGGUACUCAGAGGCCAAUAAAUGGUCCCUAUAACCUGCUUGAGAACUGUAGUCCCCCAAUAGUAAUUGAGGAUGGGGUGAAUGUACUUGAUUUUCCUUCGUUUAAGGCUAAUCAAUACCAAACUGAUGACAGAAUCUGCAUCAUCAAUCUGACCGAGUCUGCUGAGACAUUAAAUGUUGACAUACAACUUUGUAGGUCAAGUAGACCUAUUACAUGCCUGGAUCGGAGUGGUGUUUCUCAAAGAAGACCAUUAGUAGCAUUGGUAGAAAUUGCAGGCCAAACAGCUCUUACCUUAUUUGACUCCAGUUGCACCCUUGAAUGUCUGAGUCCUGGGGUCAUGAGAUUAGCCAACGUAAAGAUACACCAACUUGCGGAACAGCACUUGCUACAACUUGGAACAGUUGGCAGUCGCCCAAAAUUCAACUAUGGUACUAUAGUAAAUACGGAGUAUUUGACAAUACAAGAUAAAACUUACUUUGAUAUCAUUAAUAUUGAUCAACAUGAUGCCAUAGUUGGGACAUAUUUCAUGCAAAAACAUGGCAUUCAACUCGACUUUAAGAAUGAUCAAAUUCUAGUUAACGGAACGGUUGCCACCUGCCUUUCAGUAGGGGAGGAUGCAGCCAAAUUAAAACGAUGA